AUGAGUGCGGUGGAUGGACAGGAAAGCCGCACAGAGACGCAACAACAGCGAGGAGUGUGGGGCGGUUUCCGUGCUUAUCACGAGAGCGGGUUGAGCAAAACACUUCUCUUGUUGGGACUGGAUGGGCGGUCAGGAGGGCAUGGUGGCGAAGGCUCGAACUGGGCAGCUGCCAAGCACCCACACCUAAUAGAAGGCUCCUUUUAUCUCGGCGACACUCUUGAGAAUGUAGUUGUGACUGGUUCGGAGGUUGCUGUUGUGCGCUACCUCGAUCCACUUGACGUUCUCCUCCGCUACGCCCUCCGAAAAUACCUUGUUAAAAAUGUGUGA